GCAGGUGCUAAUUAACCCCGUCUUCCCGCAACUGCGCGUUGGGUACUUUGGGUGACCCGACCACGCGAAGCAUCCAGGGCUCUGCUCGCCACUGCCACCUCCAAGCUCCAGCCCCACCACCACCUCGCCACCCCGAGGUCCCAACCCUAGCCGGUCCCAAUGCCUCUCCGUCGCCGCCGCCUCGUCUUCCUCCUCUUCCUGGCCCUUGCCUGCUCCGGCAGGGGCGCCGGCGCCGAGACAACCUCGGGGAACGCCACCUCGCCGCCUCUCUCUUGCUCCGAGCUGUCGCGCGUCUGCACGGCAUUCCUCGCCUUCCCGGCUGCUGGCGCGGCCGCCAACGCCAGCGUGCUCGAGUCCAUGUUCGACGCCUCGCCCGGCGACCUCACAGCCGACGCCGCCGCCAGCCCGGGCUACGCCUUCGUGCGCAAGAACUGCUCCUGCCUCGCCUCUCGCACAUACCUAGCUAACACCACCUACACAGUUCCCUCGGCAGCGCCCCCCAACGCCACCGCGGCCGAAGUGGCGGCCGCGGCGUACGCGGGCCUCGCCGUGCCGCCGCCGGGUGGAGCGGCUCAUCGGCCGCCGCGCCCCAGCGCCGUGGUGGCGCUCCACCUGCUUUGCGGCUGCUCGUCCGGCCCCUGGAACUACCUCCUCAGCUACGUGGGUGCUGACGGCGACACGGUGGAGUCUCUAUCGAGUAGGUUCGGGGCAAGCAUGGACGCCAUUGAGGCCACCAACGACAUGGCCGGCCCUGACCCCAUCAACACGGGGAAGGUGUACUACAUCCCACUCAACUCAGUUCCUGGUCAACCUUAUUCUGAGAAGUCUCCUGCUCCCGCUUUUGCGCCAUCACCACAAAAUACUCUUUCAGAGAUAUCAGAUCAUCAUCCAGCAAGAUUCCCUUAUGGAUGGGUUAUUGGCAGCAUGGGAGUUGCAUUUGCUUUGAUUGCUAUUGCUCUCCUUGUAGUUGUGAUGUGCAAAUUCUUCCAAUAUAACCACCAAGUUCCAGAUAACCAGAGAAAAAGUCCAGACCAGCCUAUGUCACAUGACUUUCGACUACUUAAGAGUGGUAGUUUUUGUUAUGAUUCCGGCAGAUACUUGUGCUGCCAAUUUGGUAAUGCAAAAAAAUCAAGAAAGGGUGCUGGAGAUCACCGUAUCAAUGUCCCGAAAGGUAUGGUAGUAGACGUGUUUGAUAGAGAAAAGCCUAUUGUGUUUACAUAUGAAGAAAUACUUGAAUCGACUGAUCUAUUUUCUGAUGCAAAUCUUCUGGGUCAUGGUACAUAUGGCUCUGUUUACUAUGGUGUUCUUCGAGAUCAGGAGGUUGCAAUAAAGAAAAUGACAGCAACAAAUGCUAAAGAAUUCAUAGUAGAGAUGAAAGUUCUUUGUAAGGUCCAUCAUGCCAGUCUGGUAGAGUUGAUUGGCUAUGCAGCAAGUAAGGAUGAACUGUUCCUGGUUUAUGAGUACUCUCAAAAAGGUUCACUGAAAAAUCAUCUUCAUGAUCCUCAAAGCAAAGGUUACACAUCACUUUCUUGGAUUUAUAGGGUUCAAAUUGCUCUUGAUGCUGCUAGAGGACUUGAGUACAUUCAUGAGCACACAAAGGAUCAUUAUGUUCAUAGAGACAUCAAGUCAAGUAACAUCUUGCUCGAUGGUUCCUUCAGAGCGAAGAUUUCAGACUUUGGUCUUGCAAAACUGGCUGUAAGGUCCAAUGACGCUGAGGCUUCUGUCACCAAAGUUGUGGGUACUUUCGGUUAUUUGGCUCCAGAAUACCUGCGGGAUGGCCUGGCAACUUCGAAAUGCGAUGUUUAUGCUUUUGGGGUUGUACUUUUUGAAUUAAUAUCUGGAAAGGAGGCUAUUACGAAGACUGAUGCAAUUAGUGCAGGUUCAAACUCUGAGAGGCGUUCCUUAGCAUCAGUUAUGUUGACAGCACUGAGGAAUUGUCACAAUCCAGCGUGUGUCGGGACCUUGAAAGACUGUAUUGACCCUAAUCUGAUGGAACUUUAUCCUCAUGACUGCAUAUACCAGAUGGCUAUGCUAGCGAAACAAUGUGUCGAUGAAGAUCCUGUUCUACGGCCAGACAUGAAGCAGGCAGUAAUCACGCUGUCGCAGAUACUGCUUUCGUCCAUCGAGUGGGAAGCGACGCUAGGAGGAAACAGCCAAGUGUUCAGUGGUCUUGUGGCCGGAAGGUGAUCCUGUGAAACUACCUUGCUUGCUUCCCUGCUAGGUGGAAACAGCCAAGUGUUCAGUGGUCUUGUGGCCGGAAGGUGAUCCUGUGAAACUACCUUGCUUGCUUCCCUGUGCUCUUUGGUAUUCUCCUUUUCUGAUCUGCUAGGGGCAAUGUUCUCCCAUAGUCUUGUCCUAAAUUUCACUGGCCCCUUGUCCAGUUUGAGCAAUUUCCCCUAGCUUCACCUGAGAAUAUGGAGCACAAUGUCACAUGUUUUUGGUUGGUCGUACAGCAUGUAACUAUGUAUCUAUACCGGACUGCAGGUUCUGGCAGUCCCGUGUUGUACUACUUCGUCUGUCGUGCUGCAUGUAUGUAUACCGGAGUACCGGACAGCACGCUCUGUCAGUUUAUCUUGCAUGAUUUUGUCUUUUUUAGGGAAUCUUA